CACACCCCCCCCCCCCCCCCUCUCUCUCUCCACCCAUGGCCGAAGCUUCCAGAAUCCUCCACACUACACUCGUCCCCAACUUCUCCACUCCAACUCACAAAAUCCCCUGCUGCUCUCCUCGCUCUCUUUCUCACCCAACCACCUCGCACUACUACUCCCGCCGCACCGCCACACUCGUCCGCUGCUCCAUCUCCACCGCCGGCGACGCCGCCAGAACCGCCGCCGCCGCGAACAGCACGAUUCCGUGGGGCUGCGAUGUCGACUCGCUUGAAAAUGCCUCGGCCUUGCAGAAGUGGCUGUCGGACUCCGGACUCCCGCCGCAGAAGAUGGCCAUAGAGAGGGUGGAAGUAGGGGAGAGAGGCCUCGUCGCCCUGAAAAACAUCCGGAAGGGCGAGAAGUUGCUCUUCGUUCCUCCCUCUCUGUUCAUCACGGCCGAUUCGGACUGGAGCUGCGCAGAGGCUGGUGAGGUGCUAAAACGGAAUGGUGUACCAGAUUGGCCAUUGCUCGCAACCUAUCUUAUUAGUGAAGCAAGUCUCAUGAAGUCUUCGAGAUGGAGCAAUUACAUUUCAGCCUUGCCUAGACAGCCGUAUUCACUUUUGUAUUGGACACGUUCAGAACUAGAUAAGUAUCUUGAAGCGUCACAAAUUAGAGAGCGGGCAAUUGAAAGGAUCAAUAACGUUACUGGAACAUACAAUGAUUUAAGACUAAGGAUAUUUUCUCAGUAUCCUGAUUUAUUUCCUGAAGAGGUAUUCAAUAUGGAGACCUUUAAAUGGUCAUUUGGCAUUCUGUUCUCACGCUUGGUUCGAUUACCCUCAAUGGAUGGAAGGGUUGCCUUGGUUCCAUGGGCAGAUAUGCUAAAUCAUAGCUGUGAGGUGGAUACAUUUUUGGAUUAUGAUAAGUCAUCAAAGGGAGUUGUCUUUACAACAGAUCGGCCAUAUCAGCCAGGUGAGCAGGUUUUCAUUUCAUACGGCAAAAAGUCUAAUGGAGAGCUGUUGCUAUCAUAUGGAUUUGUUCCAAGGGAGGGCACCAACCCUCGUGAUUCAGUACAGUUAUCAUUGUCACUUAAAAAAUCUGACAAAUGUUAUAAAGAGAAGUUUGAAGCACUGAGGAAGCAUGGCUUGUCAGCGUCACAGUGUUAUCCUGUACAAAUCACCGGUUGGCCAUUGGAGUUGAUGGCAUAUGCUUACUUAGCUGUUAGUCCCCCUAGUAUGAGUGGAAAGUUUGACGAGAUGGCUGCUGUGGCAUCAAACAAGACAACAUCCAAGAAAGAUAUCAGAUAUCCUGAAAUAGAGGAACAAGCACUACAGUUUAUUUUGGACAGUUGUGAAUCAAGUAUCUCGAAAUAUAGCAAAUUCAUUCAGCAAAGUGGAUCAAUGGAUUUGGAUGUGACAUCUCCUAAGCAGCUGAAUCGAAAGUUGUUUCUCAAACAGUUGGCUGUCGACAUUUGUACAAGUGAAAGGAGGAUAUUGUUUCGCUCCCAAUAUAUUUUGAGGAGGAAAUUAAGGGAUAUAAGGAGUGGUGAACUGAAAGCUCUUAAUCUCUUUGAUGGGUUCAGGAAGCUUUUCAAAUUUUGAGGAAAUUAAGGGAUAUAAGGAGUGGUGAACUGAGAGCUCUUAAUCUCUUUGAUGGGUUCAGGAAGCUUUUUCAAGUAACUGCUUUGCAAAUGAGCAGCAAACCUUGCACUUUUUGCAGUAAUUUUUCAGGCAAAUACUUGCUGUGAAGUCUCCUCUACAUCCAUUCGAUUCGGUUUUAUGCCGUAAGCCUGUUAAAGAUUGUUCACCAGCUCUGCUUGUGUAUGAUUUCGAAUUCCAGCUUCUGAAUGAACAUCAUGGUGAAAACCUUCUGUUUUUGCUAGAACCAGCUAAGGUUCAUCAUGCCAUAACUCUUUUAUUCA